CUGUUCAAGCGCGAAGAUCCAGUCCUGCUUCAUAACGCGGACGCUUACCAUGCGUCACAUCCUUUCCGUGGGGCCCUCGAGGAUUACUACAGCGAGUACGAAGCUGGGAUUGGGAAAGACGAGGGUUUCCGACAUGAAUUUCACGAGGGACUCGCUCUGCUAUCGUCUUGCCGCCAGAUACACGACGAAGCUUCUGGGGUCCUAUACUGCGGAAACAUGUUCAUUUUCUCAAGACUGCUAGAAGAAGAGGAUUGUGACGAUUUGAACGGCGAUGAAGAAUACUUCCAGGUCAACUACGCGGGGAAGUGGCUGAAAGAAAUCGGAUCGCAAUUCAACCGCCUCAAGAAGGUCGUCAUUGAUGUAGAUGCGAAGUGUUGUGAAGGUUUAUGUGGGCACAGCGACGAUAUCGAAUUGCUGCCUCUACUACACCUUAUGUGGAAAUACCCGGACUUCCUCAAGAUAAUCUCGUCCGGAAGCAUUGGCGGAGCACUAUAUACGCACGAGCCUACGAUUGGAGCGGCCGAUAGAGAUAGACAACAGUGGAUCGAUAGAGCGCGCAUUCUCAAUAACUUGCUCACUGCUUUCGCAGUACAUGAUGCCCUCGACAUACGCAAGUAUGCGUUCUCUAGCCAUCUCAUGAGUGAGGUCAGAAUACUCACAUGUCCGAUGGGGAAAGUAAGGGGUUCUCUCCUCGUAUCAGACGAAGGCAAAACCUUUCAAUGGAAGCCGCGGAAGAAGUGCCGCCCGUUCCGAAACCUAGCAGUGGACACACGAGAACGGAUAGCAGGAUUGAUACUGCGCCACCCAGACGAAAUCAUAAUCGACUUGAACACACAUACCGUACGCGGUCUUGACUUUGGUAUCGCUCGAACAGGCCUAGUUCUCCGGCGCACCAUAGGGAAGCUUGUAUCACGUCUGAGCCAAAUCAGCAUCAAGAUGACCAGCAAGAAGCCCGUUACAGAUUUUGACGGCUUCAAAAAGCUAGAAGAUCUCCUCCUUAAGAAACUCAAUCAUUGUGCGGUUCUAGGAGCGAUGUUAAGUUCCUGGCCAGAGUCCAAUACACAGACCCUCAUACUGGAAAUGGCUUGCGCCGAGGUGACCGCCCUCAGCGCUGUCCGUAUCGACAUCAAAGACUUGAUGAUUUUACUAUGCGACGGAUACUCUCGCCAUGACUCCACUAUCCGCAUAACGCUCACUCCGCCUUCCCACAUUGGAGCACCGCAACAAAGCACGACUGUCUCGACAGAGACGCUACUGCGACAGACGUUCUUGCUCCUAUCUGACUACAUAAUUCAAGCUGAAGAGGAACUAUCUGAGUCCCUUGAUAUCACCACCGUGAAAGCUCUUCUUGGAGAACUGGACCCCUUCCCUGAUCUCUGGAUAGACGGCUACGGCAACUUUCUCCACGCCUCAACUGCCAAUAUGGACGCUCCGUUAGAGUUUGCCUACGGUGAGCUCGGCAUCAAGGAGUUAGGCGUCUUUGGAUACAGCAGAGCUACUAAUAUGGAUUGGAUGUAUGAAGCGUUUACUUCCAACGGGGCAGAUGAUGACAUUACGUGGGACCAUGUUAUCCGCGUGUGGCGAAGUCUGAGGAUGAAAUUCCGUUGGGAUUGGAAUAUCAGGACUGUGCCGCCGGGGUUGAUGAAGUUAACGUCCGACAUUGGGUGGAGAUAGUGGCAGCAUGGAAGGAAGUGGUCAGCGGGAUGACUACGGAUUUCUAUGGAUGCGAUGUCUUGUAUCCUUGUAUAUACCAUAAUGGGAAUUAAAAGUUGGC